GACGUCACUGGCAUACAGAACAUAUAACACAGAUUGAAGAAAAGUCAGUAGUCAGUUUGUAAAGAUCAUUCAAUAUAAUUCGAUUAUUUUGUCUUGUGUGUUUAUUUGAAUCCAUGUGUAUUUUGUUCUGUAUUAUUCCCGUUAAUAAUUGAUUCAUUAAUUAAUAAUACGUGUUGAAAGUGAAUUCAUACAAAAUAUUGAAAUAAAGUGAAACGAGACAAACAUGAAGAAUUUGAGAACUGCUAUGCUAUUCGUCGUUGUCCUCAUAUUGGGACGCCAUGCCUUGAGUGCCACUGCUUCUGCAAUUCCUAUGUGGGAAUUCCUCUCGAAGGGUGAGAAAAUGAGUUACUUGUUAAGAAUAUUCAGCCUACAGGUGGCCAAGUACUGUAUGGAUUCUUCAAUGCCAGAUUGUAAUAAAAAUUUAUUGCUUACCGGGAUACGGAACUUAGGUAACAUGGAAAAUAAUGUUCUUGAUAAAUUGGAUCCGUAUCAACGUGACGCGAAAGGACUUAUUUGGCGUGCCAUGAUAAAAAACGCAUAUAAUACAAGAGUCGCUCACAAGCCAGAUGAAUUUUACUUCUCCGUCGGAACAGAUUCAUUAGCUAUCAGUGAUAGCGAUAUAAAUGGUAUUGGAGAAGAAACAAUGACAACACGUGAUCGUAUUCAAUUAUCUUCUAAACACGCUGGUCCCUUCCUGGUCGGACCAAUGGUAAUUCGAGUAUACCCGGAUGGUCGACCAGUUCCAGAAGAUUUGAUGCGUCCUUUGCCUCGAGAUGAAGAUAUGGAAGAAUUCAGACAUUCUCAAAUACCCUCAUUUGAAAAAAUGGAAACUAAUAAAGAUAUUUUCUUCGAAAAACAAUUAAAAGAAAGCACACUUAUAGAACCUAAUAAUCAUGGGUUGCCUCAAGAGAAGAUUGUUCGAAAUAAUCAUUCACUAUUUAAGAGACGAUUACCACAAGAAGUAAUUGUAAAGCGUAAGAUACGGUAUUAUUGAAUAGUAUCUAAAAUUUAAAUUCAUUAGAUAGUCUUAAAAAUCUUCGUUGUGAAUAUUUGUAAAAUUCAUCGAAUAUUUGGGUUUUUAGAAAUAAUGAAAAUGGAAUGUUUAGUGAAAACUUUUCUUUAAAAAAAGUUAGAACAUUAGAGAUGUGUAAAUAGUUAAAAUAUAUAAAAGAUAAAAACUAAAUAUUUAGUUAUUAAAUGUACUUAGAAAAUUUGAAGAUUUACUGGUAUAAAAAAUAAUAUUUUUUUCAGAUAUAAUGAAGUCACACUUAAAA